AAUGAUAAAAUCACUAUAUAUCAAGAGUGGGAGUAUUCGCAACGAAUGACGGAGUAUAGGGACGUGUAGCAUGAAUUGUUUUUAUGUUUCUUUGUGAAAAUAAUCGGGUCUCAGCCCGCAAGUUAUAGAAUUUUCAUUAGUAUCUGGUAUUUUUGAAUAAGCAAUUCAAGAAAUUCAAUUAAAAAAAUCAUGAAUUAUAAUCAUUCAAGCCCACGACGAGGAAAGCCAAAGAGAUUAAUUGAUCCAUCUGCUGGUUUAUCUGCAUCAACACCAAUGCCAAUGCAAAUGCCAAUGCCUCAAAGUCCUUAUAUGUAUAACCAGCAGCAAAUUCCUAUGGAUAAUGGUAUGGCACCUGAAUAUGGAUUUAAGCCUCAGCCAUAUGGAUAUACUUCACCACCAAUGCAACAUUAUCAGCCUCCUGAAAAUCUUGGUGACGAUUAUGCAUCACCACAAUUUGCUACGCAAUUAUUGACACAGCCAAUGGUUACAAACAUGGCUGUACAAUAUGGAAAUGCUUUGGUCGGAUCUGGAAAACAGCAAUUUGAAAGAUAUGUGCCAGUUUCAGCUUUGAAAUACUAUUUUGCUGUUGACACCAACUAUGUUAUUGCGAAGCUAGCUCUGUUGUUUUUCCCGUUCGCGCAUAAAGACUGGUCUGUGAAGUAUGAACAAGAUGCUCCACUUCAACCACGUUUUGAAACAAAUGCACCAGACAUGUAUAUUCCAACAAUGGCAUUUUUGACAUAUGUAGUUUCAGCUGUAUUAGUUUCAGGAACUCAGGAACGUUUUACCCCAGAACAGUUAAGUAUUUUGGCUAGUACUGCUCUUGCGUGGGGAGUUAUAGAAUUAAUCGUGCACAUUGUAACUCUUUAUGUGAUGAACCUUGAAACGAGUCUUUCAACAUUAGAUUUAUUAGCUUACUGUGGUUACAAAUACGUCGGUAUGAAUGCAGCCCUGUUGAUUUCAUUAGUAUUUCGAAAAUUUGGCUAUUAUCUAGUGUGGUUGUACUGCAGUGCGUCUUUAGCAUUUUUCCUAAUGCGGUCGUUGAAAUUAAGAGUCAUUCCACAAAACCAUAGCCCGUACACAGCUUCUGGCAAUAAAAGGAGACUCUACUUCAUAUUAUUUGUAGCAGCUAUUCAACCUGUACUAAUGUGGUGGUUAUCGUAUCACUUGGUUUAAGUAAUAAUCACACAGAAAAAAAAAUUGAAAAUGCGUUUCAAUGAGAAACGAAAUAUGUACGAGGUAUAUUUAUUUGAUUAUUCAUACAUCGUAUGUGCAUUUUUGUAAUAAAAAUCCCUUCCAAAUA